AUGACUCAUUUGUCAUCACCCGUAAACUGUUGGAUCUCAUGUCGAUUUCCAUUGAUUAUUCUUUGGUUCGUCUCCGUAAUCGCUCAGAAACAGUAUCAUCGAUCCCUCAGGAUCAGUGUUUUCUACCGUUCCAAUUUACAGCUCCUGGAUCGAGCAGCAGCUCAGUUGUAUUACGAUUGCGCCAAUAACUAUCCUUACGUAAAAUUAUGUGAAGCAUUUGGUCUACCUGAUUAUGCGUCAACGUGGUUUAAGUUGACAAUCAUGCACAUUUGGAUGGUGCUGAUGCGAUUGCACGUCUCGCUGGAGGUGCAUUCGUAUAUACGGCUGCAGCGAAGUCUUCUUGCGGUGAUGUGGAUGGACGUUGAUAAGAGAUUAGAAGUGAUUGGAAAGGAAAUAAAACAGUCGCUAACAUCCUACGGCGAUAUGAAACAUAUGCAUGGAUUACAUCUGCAAACAUUGCUCGAAUAUGACGAAGGAUAUCUCUCGGACGAUACCGUGCUGGCAGGUGCUAUUUGGCGAUGUCUGUAUUUGCAGAGAAGUUAUGAUCCGAUUUAUGUGAAUAGAGUGAUCCUGUACAUUCGUUCAACGAUGGCGUAUUUGGAUUCACUUGAUUUGAAUGAUAUCCUCGUGGAUGGCAUAAAGGAAUGGAAAACUAUGAAACCAACAGUGACUGAUGUGAAAAAGUUCGAUGAUUGCGAUCGAAAACGGAGAGAGUAUGAGGAAAAAAAGAUCAUUAGUUGA